CUCACUUCCGGGUUCAGUCGAAACUCAGAACUGACGAGGAAUAUUCUGGCAUGAAUACAGGCUUUUUCCGCCUACGGACUACGCCAGCAAGGUAGAACGUACCUGCUGUUGAUUGGGAGAUUUCAGUCUACGUCUCGCCCUACUAUGGCGGAGGCCGACGCGGAGGACGCUGGGGACGAGAUGACCCUUCCUACCGAAGAGGAAGUGGACGAGAUCGAUAAACUGGCCAAGGCUGUCAAGCUCGCCAAGAAAAUGAACCUUUCCUUGAAAGGUCUGAAGGGUUUGAAUGACAUCAAACACAGACUGAAGUUACACCUGCUGGAAAAGGCGGGAAAAUCACGCAGACCUGGCGAGGUGAUUAACAUGGUGACUGCGAUGCGGUCCCGUGACGAGGAGAGGAGGAAACACCUGCUGGGGCUGCUGCAGGAGGUGGAGAAGCGGGCCGCCGGGCUGCUGAUGAUGAAACAAGAGCUGAAUGACCAACUGGCGGAUCAGCUAGAAAGAAACGUGCCGAACUUCAUGGCCAAGUUCUUACUCCACAAGGAGAGGAUGACGUCACGAAAGUGUCCGAUACUCGUCGCAGGAGAAACGUCAGCGGGGAAGAGCUCGCUGAUAAACCUGCUGCUGGAUGAGGAGGUCCUGCCGACCUCCCACCUCAGCAACACCUACACCAUCUGUGAGAUCAGGUACGGGGAGGUCAGGACCAUCAAGCUGCACAGGAGGGACGGGACGUGCGAGGACAGGGUGCUACAGGAAGAUGAUUCCCUGGUUGAUCUGCUGAAGAAGUAUGUAGAAGAGAAGGGAGACCGGGACCAGCCCACAGACUAUCCACGGGUGGAGAUUCUGCUGCCUAGGGAGUUUCUCAAGGACAUCUACAUCGUGGACAGCCCCGGGAUCGGGGAGAAGGAGGACAUCACCAGGCAGGUGAAGGAGUACCUGACGGAGGCCUUCGCUUUCAUCUACGUCAUCAAGAGCGACAACGCCGGCGGCGUGCAGACAGACAGGCUACAAGCCUUACUAAAGGAGGUGGCCACGAUGAAGACCAGCGGUGCGGAAGACAUCCCGGCCUUCUCCGUGAAAACGGCCAUCUUCGUCUGCAACAAGUGGGACCAGGUUCCUAUCGCGGAACGGAAACUGGUGCGGGAAGACACCGUGAAGAAGCUUCAGGCGUGCUGGUCAGGGUCGUCAGCACGACAGGUCUUCUGUAUGUCCACGGCAGAGGCACAGCGCCUGCGCGACCAGGGUCACGUGUCCGCCGACUUCUCGCGGUUUCUCGACGGUCUCGAGAGGCUGAUCCCCGAGAGUUUGAACUGGAGGAUAGAAGUCUCCUACAGGUGGCUGGACUACUUUCUCUCCCGGACCAUCUACCACCUGCGCGCGUACGUACAGCAAGGGGACCAGUCACGUGACGAGAGGAAGGCCAAGUUCGAGCUGGUGAAAAGUCGUCUGCACGCUCUGAGGGACCAGGCGGAUGACGUCAUGAAGAUGCUACGGGAGAAUGUGGAUAGUAGUGCGGACAUCGCAGUGAAGUCGCUACAGGAACACCUGACGAGCGACAACGUCAAGCGCACGGUGACAACGUGGACCGAGGCAGACCUCCCGGCAGUGGAGGGGACCCUGAGCAUCAUGAUGAAGAAAAUAAAGGCCGCCAUAUCGAAGCGUAUUCAGGGAGUGUUGUCAGACUGGGAAAAAGAUCAGGCAUUUUUCAGCCGUCAGAGAGAGGUCCUGGUGGAGCUUUUCGCCUCGGCGUUUCGCACGAAGAUCGAGCGAAAGCUGCUGGACAUCGAGGGGGCCAUAGACGGCACGGCGGUCGUGCCGGCGGAACCUGCCGCCGACUCCGGGCUGGAGGACGAGGAACAGGCGACCGGCCAGGAGAGGAGCAAACUGCCGCAACUGUUCGCCGAGCCGACUCUAAAACUGAACACAGUUGGAAAGGUGACCCUUGGUGUGACGUCCCCCGUGUGGCUGCCCAUAGGCGUGGUGGCCGCGUUCUUCGGCCUGUCUGUGUACGGGAUAGUCGAGCUGAAGAGGAUCGUGGAAAGGAGUAGGGACGAAAAGGAGGUCGACACCUACAAACAAGACAAGUACGGUUACUUGAGCCGCAUGGCCCUGAAGGAGCUGGAGCAGUUCGUGAGGGGUAGCGAGUUGCGGGAGUACGUGAGGAGCCAGCUGAAGCCGGCCUACUACUGCCUGGAACAGCUGCAGGAGGUCGUGCCCAAACAGAUCCAGCUGGACCUGGACCUGGUUAAGGACCUGAACGAAGACGCCAGGGAUGAAAAGGUCUACUCCAUAUAUUACCAUCCGCUCCUCCAAGUCAUGGACAAUUUUCACCGAAGACUGAAGGCGUUUUGGGUCGAAGAACUCUGGGCUCCCGACAUAGACCCACAAACCUUGGAUUACGCCACUCGGGAUGUGUACGAAGGUCCUGUCUGCUCGGGUCUCCGUGCCGAGCUGAAGCGGGGAGAGAUGCGGCCUCAGCAGGCGGGUGCGGCCGGGGGGAAGCCUGCCAGCGUCACCAUCAAAGUGUUCGGCGGGAAGGUCACUCACAGAAACGUGACGGAGUUCCUGCAAGAGGAAGACAUCUUCAGAAAGGUGAAGAAACACGAGAACCUGAUCCACCUGAGCGGCUUCUCGCGGAUCUCCAGUCUCCCCUGCCUCGUCUUCACGCCCGUGGUGACGGACCUGCGCACACGCAUCUCCGACGUCCACCAAUCAGCGCUCAUGAAGAACGCCUACGCGCCCUAUGACGUGUUGCUGGGAACCAUGACGGAGGUUGUGAACGGACUGGAGUAUCUGCACAGCAAGGGGCUGGUGCAUCUGGACUUGUCACUCAGCACUGUCGCGGUUGACUGUAAUGACAUUGUGAAGCUCACGAACAUCGGGAAGCCCCGUGCCGCCAGCCUGCCGCACCCGGGGUCCUUCGGCACGACAGAAGCGGGGGGUUACAUCUACCUGGCGCCGGAGGUCCUGAAGGGACAGGACUACGUCACGGAGUCCGACAUGUACGCCGUAGGUCUCAUGAUGUGGGAGAUCUGCUACCCGGGAACCGCCUACCUGGAUGAGGACAAGAACAUCAAGACGUUCUCGGAACUGAAGGACUUCGUCUGCAACAAACGCCGUCCGAGGGCACCGGAGGACCCGUGCGAGGGCGGCGCCUACAUUCGGGAGCCCAGGGACUACAACAAGUGGACGGCCGUCAUGGCGUGUUGCUGGGCGCACCAGCCGGAGAGUCGUCUGACGGCGGGAGACUGGAAGGAACACAUCAACAGAACGGGAGGAGACUCGCUCAGACUUAGCUUUCACGAAGAACACUUCCACGCUGUCGGUACCUGACAUGCUGGCGUUACCACAACUGUAUUCAGAUUGUAGCCAACA